CCUUCAAUCUGGGGUGUGCCAUCAGCAGCUCGUGGCUACCACUGCUGUACCUCGGCUCGAUCGGCAGGAAUGGAAAGUCAAGAGGCUUCUAACUACCUGUAACUGUUCCAGCAGGAAACGGAUCAAGUGUUUGUUCAGCCAGAUCCAGCACACAGAAAUGGUCCUGGUAAAGGAAAGACACAGAUGCAGUGCGUGAUUGGGAAAGCCAGUCAAGAUUUUAAUACUGCCCUCAGCCUGUCUGGAGUGCAGCCGCCAUGAUGUCAGCAGACUUAUGAUGGAAGGAAAGGAGGUCAGGAACGCCUGCGAUUUGCUUGCCCUGGACAAUGGAUGGAGGGCAGCCUUUCCCUUCCCCCCUGCUGCCCCUUGGGAAUGCGUCAGCGGACUCUAGCAUGUCUCUGGAGCAAAAAACAACAUUUGUCUUUGUGGUUUUGUUGUUCAUUUUCUUGGGCAUCCUCAUCGUCAGAUGCUUCCGGAUUCUUCUGGACCCAUAUCGGAGCAUGCCAACCUCAACGUGGGCCGAUGGGCUUGAAGGCCUGGAAAAGGGGCAGUUUGACCAUGCCCUUGCUUAAAGGGACAGAGCAGCCUUGCCUCCAGAGAGAGUGAAAUGUAUUUCAUGCCAGAGUGCAGAUUCCCUUUUGUGGAUGCUCUUAACAAAUCAACUUUUGACAAUACCUAGUCCCAAGACCACAACUCAUGAUUCCAUAAACACAAAAGUACGUGAAGGAUAUCUUAUUUGAGGAUGGUAGAAAAGGUUAUGAUAUCAACCAAAACAAACACACAAGAGUCUAAAUGUCUAUUUAGUCGAUGAGUGACUAUUGUGGACUAUAUGAUGGUAAAAACCAAGAAUAUCAUCACUGCCAUUGAGUUUACCCUAAACCAAAUCGCUGGCUAAUCUAACCAGGCAGGAAAGGAUUUAGAAAGGAGCUGAUCCCAAUCUGGUGACUUAUGAAGAACUGGCUGCCUACUUCCACUCAAGCCUCUCAGUUUGCUCUGUUUAUCUCCUGGGCAGAGGAAGAAAGAGUGUGGUUAGAGAACUCAAGGCAGGGACUUGUUUCUGUCCAAAGCAGGGAACACUGGCAAGUAAAGAGAGGCUUAGAAGAGAUGGUUCUGACCUUGGCAGACACAAGUGUUAUCAUUUUAGUGCAAAACUGAAUGGAAAGGCUAUGUGAGAGGUUUCAAAACUUACCAGAGCUUAGCAGGCCUAUUACAUUCUCUGUCCUCAUAUUCAUACCACAGGUAGAGCUAGCUAUAUGUAACAUGAAUUUACUUUGUUUACCCUACCGAUUUAAAUAAUAGGUUACAAGUACAGCUGCAGGUUGCUUUCAUUAAAAAAAAAUAAGAAAAAAUUUAGAGAAGACUUUUAGCAUCAUCAAGAAGAAUGUGCAUUUAUAACUGUAUAUAGACAUCAAAUAAGAAAACCUUUCAAGAAUCUGCAAUGUCUCCUCUCAGUUCACCAAGACAAAUGUGCUGGGGUGCUGUAUGGUAUUGAUUUUUCUGAGGGGGGGGGUGGGAAAGAGCAAAGAACAUAAAAGGUCAUCUAAUGCAUCCCUAUCUCACUUCAAGAAGGGCUCCUGCAGAUUGUUCUGACAAGAUGUAACAAACAGAACCUUUUCUAAAGGGAGGUUAUUAGGGAAGUGAAAAGAAGUGUGUGUGGGUGGGUAAAAUAGGGAAAUAGGGGUCAGUAUAAUCAAAGUAUGUUGUCUAUGUAACAGUAAGAGAAUGCCACCAUGAAACCCAUUAUUUUAUAUGGCUAAUAUGUACAAAAUAGACAAAAUAUCCAUUCUGAAAAAGAAUAUGUGAACAUUUGUAUAUUUAUUGGUGCGAAUAACUUGUAUCUAAACCAACUCUCUCUGUCUGUAUUUAUAAUCUGUCUUCCAAUUUUCUCCUCAACUAAUGAUCAGUUUUCAAAGUUCUUUGAAAUAGAAAAGGCUAAUUAUGUCUCAAAAGGCAGUCUUUAAUCAAACUUUAUUUUUUAAAUUAUUUUAUUUAUUUUU